AUGUCCGAAAGGCUCAGCCCCUAUCUACAGCAAAAAAUCCCAGAAGAUUACUACUGUGUGAAACACCUGGAACCACCACAGCUGUUCUGUGAUGAUGACCAAAUCACACUUUGUGUCAAGUGUUUCCUGUCCCAAGAACACAAGAAUCACGUGGUGUAUAGAGUAGAAGAUGCUGCUGUGAAUUACAAGAAGCUAUUCCAGGAAAUAUUGAACACAUUGAAGGAGAAACUUGAAGUAGCUAAAAAGAUAUUGGCUGAUGAGCAAGAAAGAAUGUUGAUGAUUCAGGGAGAGGAGCAGAAUUUUAAAGAGAUGAUUGCAUCUGAAUAUAGGAUAAGAUUCCGGUUGUUGAAUGAAGAGAAUGAGAUGAACCUCUUGAGACCACAAGGAUACAUAUUCAACCUGGAUGUAAGAGAAGCUCGUCUGAAUCAACUGAUAGGGUUUUCCAGAGAGCUAGAGGACAAAUUCCAGGAGAUGCUACAGAGACUAAACAAUUUGGGAAGAGAAAACAUGAAUAAACUGAAGGAGAAUGAAGUCAGGGUCUCUGAACAAAUCUGCUGCCUCCAAAGGAUCACCACAGAGCUAGAGAAGAAGUGUGGGCAAUCUGCCUUAGCACUGCUCCAGAAUGCAAGAUAUUCUUUGGAAAGUCCAGAAGGCCUUUUCAAUCCCAUGAUCUGCUAA